AUGCUAAUGAUCAUUCCUCAGCCACCAAAACUCUCCAAAAGCGCCAAAGAAGACUUGAUAGUCGCGCAUCUCCGCUCCUCACGCACGUGCCACACGCUCAAAGACCUCGAAAAGAUGCUUCCCUCGGUGGCUUCUAUCAAUGGCAUGCAGGUCAAGGAAUAUAUUCAGAACCUGACUGACGAGGGUAAGAUCCGGGUGGAGAAGAUCGGAAGCGGGAACUGGUACUGGUGUUUUGGCGGGGAUGAGAAAAGAGAGAGGCAAAGACAAUUGCACCAGCUGGAGAAAGAGGUGAAGACUCUGCAGGCGAGCUAUGACGAAGCAGAGGCUAGUCUGGCGGCAAAAAGGGGCAAGUGGGAAGAAGAGGGAGAGAAUGAGGCAUCCAAUCUGGCAGAGAGGGAGGAGUUGACGCGUCGAAAGGGCGAGCUAGAAAAGGAAAGGAACCGGCUGCAAGCCCAGUGGACGGCCGCUACUACGACGGAAGAAGGGAAAGGAGUGCAGCAAAUGAGAGAGGAGAUUGAGGAGUUCCGAAAACAAGCGCUUAUGUGGACGGAUAAUAUUUACGUGCUUGAGGUGUAUUUGAGUAAGCUGGCAGGAGGGGAUCGGGAGAUUAUUGCGGCGGUGCAGAGAGAAUGCUAUGGAGAUGAGUAUGUGGAGGGUGAGGGCUUGAGAGAGCUGAUUAUUUAG